GCUGCACUCGUAAACCCACUUUACGUGCGGGUGCUAGAGGUCGAAUACCACUGCAGGGAGUUGCAUACAACCCAACCCCAACUCGCAAAUCUCAAGCACGGUUUCUCCAUCGACAUAGCUUCUUACUCCCAACAGGGCGAUCUGUUGCAGUCGCUCCAAGCAAACCAUGCGAAUUCGGAACUGAUUCUGGCAGAUUCUCAAGGUAACAAGAUACCUCUUGAGCCUGUCAUUGGUAUUUGCAUUACCCGUGCUCCCGUGAUUGGCGAGCUGUUUGUCGUCGAGCUCGAAGACCGUCGGAAAACUCAAGAAGCGUCAUAUUAUAUGGCAUAUUCAAUCACCAUGGCCCAAAUUUCCGAAAAUGGGAAGUCCCUUAUUUGCUUUUCGUCGGAUUGGGACAAGGUCUCGAAUACUAUCAUAUCGAUGGAAAUCUUCAAGAGAAGCGCCCAAAUUGGAAAGCAAAGCAUAGCUAAAGUACAAGCUAUUACUACUCUCCCAACUAAACCUAAAGAACAAAAUGCAGAAUCGAAUCACAACCUAUGA